GUCUAAGCUUCAAACAUUGUCAUUCCAGACCAUUCGAACAAGAAAAAGCCACAUUCUGUGCGUCCACUACCCUUUGAAAGCUUAUUGCCGUUUCGCAGGGAAUAGAACUGUCUCUUGAAACGCACCGAGUCGAAGUCUUGGCACACUCCUGGUUUUGAGUCAUUGAGUCAUUGCCUUUUUUCUUAUCACAAUCCCAAAAUCCCAAAAUCCCACCUGUUGUCCACACGACAUUGAGACUCAACACAACGAUCCGCAAAUAUGGCGUCUACCAUCUAUAUUGACGAAGACAUCGGCCUUGAUGACGACACGGCAGUUGGAACUGAGGCUGCGCCUUACAAAACCCUGUUACAUGCCAUGAUCAAGGCUGAUGGCAGCUCCUCAACUUAUCUGACCCGCAAAUCAAUUACUGGUACGGUGGAAGAGGGUAGCGAUGCGUCGGCACGUCUGGAAUGGAAACCUGCAUCCAAGUCUGCCUUGAAGAAAGCCACCAACCUGUAUGAACAGCACAAGCGGAAACAAGUAAAGGCUUCUGAGCUAGCACUUCGCGAGAAUGCCGAGGCCGCCAAGCGACGACAAGUGCUAGAAGAUGCAAAGAAGAUCGUCAUCAAGGAGGAUGCCAGUCUCCCAGCACCGAUCAGAAUCAGACUUCAGGAGACCGACCCCGCAAAGAUCAAGCUGGGGACGGCCGACUCGAAGGGAACUCGUGUCCGGGUCUUGGGGUAUGUCCAUCAUCUUCGCUCUCAAAAGGACCUGAUCUUUAUCACUCUCCGCGACGGCUAUGGCCAGAUGCAAUGCAUUCUCAGCGGAGAAAUGAUCAAGACGUACGCAGCCAUGACCCUAACCCUGGAGACAUCCAUUGAGAUCCGGGGCGAACUCAAAGCCCUCCCACCCAAAGCACAUGCACCUCUUGACCGGGAGCUACACGCGGAUUUCUUCACCAUCAUUGGCGCCGCGGUGGGCGACAAGGACGCCAUCACCAACAAAGUGCAAGAAGGUGGCGACCCGCAAAACCUCCUCGACAACCGGCACUUAGUCAUUCGUGGCGACAUUGCCUCAUCAGUCCUGAAGGUCCGUCACUUUGUGGACCUGGCCUUCCGCAUGACCUUCCAAGAACUAGGCAUGACUUCAGUCUGUCCACCAGCCAUGGUGCAAACACAGGUCGAAGGCGGCGCCACACUAUUCGAAUUCAACUACUACGGCGAACCAGCCUAUCUCACUCAAUCCUCCCAGCUCUACCUCGAAACGGCACUUGCCUCGGUCGGCGACUGCUAUUGCAUGCGCCCGUCAUUCCGAGCAGAGAAAUCAUUGACGCGACGCCAUCUGUCCGAGUACGAGCACAUUGAAGGAGAACUCAACUUCAUUACCUUCCCCGACCUCCUCGCUCAUUUGGAAGACGUCAUCUGCAGCGUCGUGGACAAAUCCCUAGCCGACCCCGUCGUGGGCAAAUAUAUCCGCGAACUCAACCCCUCGUUCCAAAAACCAUCUCGACCAUUCCGACGCAUGCGCUACGCCGAAGCCAUCGAAUGGCUUGUGGAGAACGAUAUUCCCAAUGAAGACGGCGAGCCACACAAAUUUGGCGACGAUAUUGCCGAAGCCGCGGAACGAAGAAUGACCGAUAUUCUCAACGUGCCGAUUUUCCUCACCCAUUUCCCCGUCGAGAUCAAGGCCUUCUACAUGAAGAAAGACCCUGAAGAUCUUCGCGUUACCGAAAGUGUCGAUGUAUUGAUGCCUGGUGUUGGUGAGAUUGUCGGUGGUAGUAUGCGUAUCGACGACUACGAGGAGUUGAUGGCCGGCUACGCUCGUGAGGGUAUCGAUCCGAAGCCUUACUAUUGGUAUACCGACCAGAGACGUUACGGUACUACUCCUCACGGUGGUUACGGCUUGGGCCUCGAGCGUUUCCUCGCCUGGAUGACUGGCCGCUGGACUGUUAGAGAGUGUACCCUGUACCCGAGAUUUGCGUAUAGAUGCAGACCAUAGGUGGAUGACAAUGAUCAAUGAUGUGACGUGACGUGAAGUGAAGCAUUGCCAGGAAUGGAGGCGAGAAAGCACAGGGAGGGAUGGAUGAGUCAGUUGAUGACUCGGGUCAAGUCAAGUCAAGUUGGCUUUGGAUCUUGGGCAAAGAAUAGCAUUUCUAGAUUUCUUCAUGUCAUCCAAGCGUUAAAAUUACA